AACUCAUUUCUUCUCUUUAUAUUAGCAUACUGCCGCCGCGAAACUCUUUUCUUCUUGGCCGUCUUCUUCAUUGUCUAACAGAACUCAUCAACCCUCUCUCUCUCUUUCUCGCUCGACUCUCGAUGACAUUUCUCUAGUUGAUCUUAGGCAUUGAUUUGAUUUGUGUGGGUUGCAGAAGAUAAUCGACAAUGAGUCGAGGAGCUGCAGCAGGUCCCAAGGGGAAAAAGAAGGGAGUGACUUUCACCAUUGAUUGUGGAAAGCCAGUGGAGGACAAGAUCAUGGACAUUGCAUCCCUGGAGAAGUUUCUUCAGGAGAGGAUCAAGGUUGGAGGCAAGGCCGGUGCACUUGGUGACGCCGUCAGUGUGACCCGGGAGAAGAGCAAGAUCACUGUCACUUCUGACAGUAACUUCUCUAAGAGGUAUCUGAAGUACUUGACAAAGAAGUAUCUAAAGAAGCACAAUGUGCGAGAUUGGCUUAGAGUGAUCGCUUCCAACAAGGAUCGGAAUGUUUAUGAACUAAGGUACUUCAACAUUGCCGAGAAUGAAGGGGAGGAGGAAGAUUGAGAUGCUGGAUGAUUUUAGUCAUCGAAGGACCUUGUUUACUUAUUUACUGUUUUUUGCGUGGUACUUUGCUGAAAUUAAUGCUGUUUUGAAGUUUUGUUCUUUUAAUUUGGUGAUUAUCGAAUUUUGCUAUUAGUACAUCAGAAUAUAGAAGAUCUGGACUUUUUAGGAAGUCUUAAUUAAUCAUGUUCAACGAAUGGAUCAGGCACUUUUCUCAAA